AUGCCAGCAGCUUUCUCCAAUGCUUCCCGAUGUCACUGCUCCUCCAGACGCGCCCUUCUGGCGGGAGGGGCUGCGGCGGCUGCGGCAUUGCCAAUGCUGACUGCAGUGAUGGCGACGGCGCUGCUGGGCCGCCCCGUCGGUGCAGCGGCGGCUGAGGGGACCAUCGCGAAGUACGAGCCCAUGGAUGCCCUCAAGGGCAAGGAUUACGGCAAACCGCGAAUGACGUACAAGGACUACACCACGACAUCCAGCGGUCUCCAAUUUCAGGUCGGGUAUACGAUUGGGUACUAUGGACGGCCGUUCGAGGCGCGGAACAAGCCCAAGGGCAGUUCCUUUACGGGUGACAACAAGGACUUUUUCCGGUUCGUGCUGGGGGACGGCAAAGUCAUCCCCGCGUUCGAGGAGGCGGUGGCGUCUAUGAGGCCUGGUGGCAUCCGGCGCAUCAUUGUGCCUGUGGAGCUGGGCUACCCGGAGAACGACUGGCGGCGCCUGGGCCCCAAGCCCACCACCUUUGCCGGUGACCGUGCCCUUGACUUCGUGUUGGCGAAUAAAGGUAUGAUUGACAAGACGCUGCUAUUCGACGUGGAGCUGGUGCGAGUGCUGCCGCAGCCACGGAACUGA